AUGCCGUCGUCGGUUUCCUCCAAAUCCUCGAACGAGCUCAAGGCCGGAAAGGUCGCCGUUGCUAACGCCAAUGAGAAUGGCGCUCGCGUCAGCCAUCAGCCGGCUGAGCUGAUCAGCGAGGAUGACGCCAUUCUGGCUUCUCGUAUGGGUCACAAGUCUGAGUUUGCGCGAGAAUUCAAGAGCUUUUCCACCAUAUCGUACGCUUUCGCCAUCAUGGGUCUCGUCUCUUCGGUCGCUACGACUUUCAACAGUCCCUUCACCCUCGGCGGCCCAGCCUCGACUGUGUGGACCUGGUUCAUUGGUUCCUGUCUCAACAUGACGCUCGGUCUUUCCAUUGCCGAGCUCGUCUCGGCGUACCCCUCGGCUGGUGGUCUCUACUCGGCUUCCGGUCUGCUUGUUCCUCGAAACCAGCGCGCGUUUGUUGCCUGGCUCACUGGAUGGCUCAACUUCACCGGACAGAUCGCUGGUAUCGCUGGUACCGAGUACGGUCUUUCACAGAUGAUCUUUGCAUGGGCCUUCGUCAUUACCAAUGGACGCUACGUGGCUACCACGGGCGCCACCGUCGGCCUGUACAUCGGCCUGCUUGCGCUGCACGGCAUCAUCAACUGCUUUGGUAUCAAAACGCUUGCCCGCCUUACGUCGUCGUACGUCAUUGUCAACCUCGGCAUCACUUUUAUCAUCAUCAUCGUUGUGCUCGCCAAGACUCCGCUCGAUCAGAUGCAAUCAGCUUCGUACACCUUCACCGAGUUGAAGAACGGCAGCGGCUGGGGCAGCAACGCUCUUGCAUUCUUCUUUGGUCUCUACUGCGUGCAAUUCGUCAUGACCGACUACGACGCGACCGCUCACAUCUCGGAGGAGGUUUCGCGUGCUGCCAUCGCCGCUCCGGUCGCCAUUGUUGUUGCCGUCGCUGGUACUGGUGCCGUCGGGUGGGUGCUCAACAUUGUCAUGGUGCUUGUCAGCGGCGACGUUGCGACCCAGAAUCCCACCACAUGGCCCGGUGGACUUGCGUUCGCCCAGAUUCUGUACCAGCGUGCGGGUAAGGUCGGUUUCCUCGUCAUCUGGCCGUUUGUCUGCUCGGUCGCCUUCUUCGUUGUCACUACUGCGCUACAAGCCAACGCUCGAUCGUUCUACGCCUUUUCGCGUGACAAUGCUCUGCCCGAUCGCGGACUCUUUGCCAGGGUGAACAAGCACACCGGUACCACAGUCAACGCUGUUUGGCUCGUCGUCAUCCCCUGCAUGGCUCUGGGCUGCCUCGCCUUUGCCUCGACUACGGCGGUUACGGCUAUCUUUGCACUUGCUGCUCUCGGCAUGGACAGCAGUUACCUCGUGCCCAUUGUGGCGCGUUGGAUCCAUUGGGAUCACCCAGACGUGCAGUUCCAGCCCGGUCCAUUUUUCCUAGGACGCGGCCUGCUCGGCAAGACAGUCAACUUUAUUGCUGUCCUCUGGACCAUAUUUGAGUGUGUCGUCCUUUCCAUCCCCACGGUACAGCCUAUCACCCAGUUCAACUUCAACUAUUCGUGGGUCAUCAUGGUUGGUGUUCUGCUGAUCGCCACAGUUUGGUUCGUCACCUACGCGCACAAGCACUACCAGGGGCCCCGCUCCACGCUCUCGCCCGAGCAGAAGGAGAAGCUCGGUGUCGUUUCGCGUGAUGAGGAGGGCAUCCAUCACUAA